AUGCGGGCUCAUAUGAUGUUCUCGCGGUUCAGCUCGCCACCUGCCAGCCAGGGGAAACCCAGGCUGGUCGAUGAGCCGCCCACACCUGCGCCUCUGCGCCGCCAUCGGCCACCUCGACCAGAGCCGCACGAGAAGAAGGCGGAGUCCACCACCGCUGACAGCGAAGAGGCCGCUGCUGAUAAACCAAUGCUUCAGGCAGUGCAUUUUGGUCCAAUACCAAAAAUUGUUCAUUUUGACUUGCCUGGUAUCGAAGAUGAAGAGGAGGAAGUCUCUGGCUCCUACUUCCCGCCUGGAGUUCCAGUUCCACCCAGUCGUCUGCAGAUCUUUGCCAGCAGACCACGUAGACGGAAGAUUAUCCGGGAGCCACCGUCGCAGGAAGUGCAGACUGCGAUGGCACAGCUCAGAGCUGAGAUAAAAGCAAUGGAGAACCCGCGACCCACAUCGUGGAUUGGGCGUUUGAUGGAGAGUCUACUCGACACGUACCGGAACAAGAGAGAUUACCGGCGAAACCAUGGUUUGGCAGAGAGACCAGGGUUCGUGAGACGAAUGAAGAGAAGCCUCGCUCCUGUUCGUGAGGCAAUGAGAAGAUUUCUGCAUGUGAAGAAGAAUACGGACGAGAGACAGCUGCCGACGGACAUAGAUUCAACUAUGUUCUCGCGGUUCAGCUCGCCACCUGCCAGCCAGGGGAAACCCAGGCUGGUCGAUGAGCCGCUCACACCUGCGCCUCUACGCCGCCUUCGGUCACCUCGACCAGAGCCGCACGAGAAGAAGGUGGAGUCCACCACCACUGACAGCGAAGAGGCCGCUGCUGAUAAACCAAUGCUUCAGGCAGUGCAUUUUGGUCCAAGACCAAGAAUUGUGCAUUUUGACUUGCCUGGCGUCAAAGAUGAAGAGGAGGAAGUCUCUGGCUCCUACUACCCGCCUGGAGUUCCAGUUCCACCCAGUCGUCUGCAGAUCUUUGCCAGCAGACCACGCAGACGGAAGAUUAUCCGAGAGCCACCGUCGCAGGAAGUGCAGACUGCGAUGGCACAGCUCAGAGCUGAGAUACAUGCAAUGAUGUUCUCGCGGUUCACCUCGUCAUCUGCCGGCCAGGGGAAACCCAGGAUGAUCGAUAAGCCGCCCACACCUGCGCCUCUACGCCGCCUUCGGCCACCUCGACCAGAGCCGAACGAGAAGAAGGCGGAGUCCUCCACCGCUGACAGCGAAGAGGCCGCUGCUGAUAAACCAUUGCUUCAGGCAGUGCAUUUUGGUCCAAGACCAAGAAUUGUUCAUUUUGACUUGCCUGGUAUCGAAGAUGAAGAGGAGGAAGUCUCUGGCUCCUACCACCCACCCGGAGUUCCUGUUCCACCCAGUCGUCUGCAGAUCUUUGCCAACAGACCACGCAGACGGAAGAUUAUCCGGAAGCCACCGUCGCAGGAAGUGCAGAUUGCGAUGGCACAGCUCAGAGCAGAGAUACAAGAAAUGAUGUUCUCGCAGAUCUGUUCGCCAGCUGCCAGCCAGGGGAAACCCAGGCUGGUCGAUGAGUCGCAAACACCCGCGCCUCUGCGCCGCCUUCGGCCAUCUCGACCAGAGCCGAACGAGAAGAAGGCGGAGUCCACCACCACUGACAGCAAAGAGGCCGUUGCUGAUAAACCAUUGCUUCACGCAGUGCAUUUUGGUCCAAGACCACGAAUUGUGCAUUUUGACUUGCCCGGUGUCGAAGAUGAAGAGGAGGAAGUCUCUGGCUCCUACUACCCGCCCGGAGUUCCUGUUCCACCCAGUCGUCUGCAGAUCUUUGCAAACAGACCACGCAGACGGAAGAUUAUCCGGGAGCCACCGUCGCAGGAAGUGCAGACUGCGAUGGCACAGCUCAGAGCUGAGAUACAUCCAAUGGAGAACCCUCCACCCACAUCGCGGAUUGGACGUUUGAUGGAGAGUCUACUCGACAUGUAUCGGAACAAGGGAGAUUACCGGCGAAACCGUGGUUUGGCAGAGAGACCAGGGUUCUUCAGGCGAAUGAAGAGGAGACUCGCUCCUGUUCGUGAGGCAAUGAGAAGAUUUCUGUAUCUGAAGAAGAAUACGGACGAGAGACAGCUGCCGACGGGCAUAGAUUCAACUCUUUGUGAUUAUAUUCUUCAUUGUGAACAUCCUGACCCUAAAUACUCGCCGAUUAUUCCGUUAAUAUCACAGCUACUUGAAACCUCGCUGUGA